UUGACAAAAUUUUAUAUAAGGUUAGAUUUCUGAACGUGACGUUAGUUUGACAGAAGUCACAAAUAAGUUUCAGAUAUCUUAACGGUGUGUUAAUUUAUUUUUGUGAUUUAUUUAAAAAAUGGAAGUUAAAGCAAAGAGCGAACAUUUGUUAGCAUUGAAAGUAAUGAGAUUAACACGACCUACUCUGGCAAGUCCCAUGGUUAUUACAUGUGAUUCAACAGAUUUGCCAGGUAAUACAUUAAACAAUGAACUUAAGAAUGAUUGCACAGCAUUGCAAGGAAUGGAAGCGCUUGCUGUAGGACAAUUCAUGGUAUUACCUCAAAGUUUUGGAAAUAUAUAUUUAGGGGAGAUAUUCUCUAGUUAUUUGUGUGUACAUAAUGGCAGCAAUCAAGUGGUAAAUAAUGUUACUGUAAAAGCAGAUUUGCAAACAAGUACACAGACAAUCCCUCUCUCUGGCAAUAAUCUAGAAGGGAAAGAAUUAGCACCUGACAGUACAGUAGAUGAAGUUAUUCAUCACGAGGUUAAGGAAAUAGGUACACAUAUAUUAGUUUGUGAGGUAUCUUAUACCUGUGCAAAUCAGACCUCUCCACUUUCAUUUAGAAAGUAUUUUAAGUUUCAAGUGGUUAAACCACUAGAUGUAAAGACCAAAUUUUAUAAUGCAGAGUCAGAUGAGGUAUAUCUCGAAGCGCAAAUUCAAAAUUUAACUGCUGGUCCAAUUUGUUUAGAAAAAGUCGCUCUUGAAUCAUCUCACUUGUUUAGUGUGACCACAUUGAAUACAAAUGACAAAGGGGAAUCUAUUUAUGGAAGUAUGAAUCUAUUAGAUACAGGUUGUAGUAGACAAUAUCUGUAUUGUUUAAAACCACAGUUAAGCUUAUUAAAAGAUCCAAAAAUGAUGCAAAAUGCCACUAAUAUUGGCAAAUUGGAUAUUGUGUGGAGAAGCAAUUUGGGUGAGAGAGGAAGGUUGCAAACUAGUCAAUUGCAAAGAAUGGCACCUGAAUAUGGAGAUCUAAGGGUUAUUAUGAAGGAUAUUCCCCCGAAGGUUGAUCUGGAAGAACCAGUUAAUUGCAAAUGUCACAUAAUAAAUACUUCGGAAAGGAGUAUGGAAUUGUUAUUGAGCUUAGAAUCGAAUAACUCCAUAGCUUGGUGCGGGAUGUCUGAUACAACAAUUGGUACUCUGAAACCUGGAGCUUCUAUGGAUAUACCUCUCUGUUUGAUUACAUUGGAUAGAGGCAUUAUUACCAUCUCCGGUCUAAAACUAACAGAUACGUUUCUAAAAAGAGUGUAUGACUAUGAUGAUCUGGCUCAAAUUUUCGUCAAUUGAUUGAAUCAAGAGACAGAUAUGC